AUGAUGUGGUCUGUUCUCGGCGUGCUUUGCGCUACGUCCCUAACAGCAGCUUCAACUCAUUCUCUCCAUCGUCCACAAGAACGGUCUGUGACGACCCAAGGCUCAUUGGACACAUCUGGAAGGCUUACAAAAUCUUCCGGCCUGGACGAGACAAAAUGGCUACAGUCUCGCGCGCAAGCAGAGAAAUUGUGUGCAAAGCUAAACGCAACCGAGAAGGCUUCUAUUGUAACCGGGUCGAUGACUGGAUUGUGCAUUGAAUACAUCGCUCCCGUUGAGAGCAUCGGAUUUGGUGGACUCUGUCUCCAGGAUGGCCCUGCCGCCAUUCGUCUGGCCGAUCUGGCCAGCGUGUUUCCUGCCGGAGUGACUGUUGCUGCCACAUGGGAUAAGGAUAUGAUGUAUGAGCGUGGUAGUGCUCUCGCGCAGGAGUUUAAGGGAAAAGGUGCUCAUGUUGCUCUCGGACCAGUCGCCGGUCCUCUGGGUCGUACUCCUUGGGGUGGUCGUAAUUGGGAAGGCUUCUCCCCUGACCCUUUCUUAACUGGUGUUGCGAUGGAUCAGACAAUCCGAGCCAUUCAAAGCGAAGGAGUGCAAGCCAAUGCCAAACAUAUUAUCGGAAAUGAACAGGAAACGCAGCGGAAGCCAACCGUGGUCGAUGGCAAAAGAGUGGAAGCUUACUCUGCGAACAUUGAUGAUCGUACCCUGCAUGAACUGUAUCUAUGGCCAUUUGCAGAUGCCGUGCAUGCAGGUGUGGCCUCAGUAACCUGCGCGUACAACCGUGUUAAUUCCACCUCUGCCUGUGAAAAUGAAUACAUUUUGACCGACAUCUUGAAGGGGGAGCUAGGGUUUGAAGGCUACGUGGUAUCCGAUUUCUUUGCGUCUUUCUCUGGCAUUGAAGCGGCAAACGCUGGCUUGGACAUGAAUCAACCUGGGCCUAUCUCGGCGACAGACCUAACUGAAAGUCUAUGGGGCUCUAAUCUCGUCUCGGCGAUUGCGAAUGGAAGUCUUUCAGAAGCUCGGUUAGAUGAUAUGGUCCGCCGAAUCCUUACACCGUACUUGUAUCUCGGACAGGACAAGGACUACCCGAGUAUAGACCCCUCUUCUCAAUCUCUUUUCCUCGAAAAUUUUGGUCUUUUGCAGCCUGGGAUGCCAACACCAGUUGGCCGUGACGUUCGUGGUAACCAUUCAAGGUUGAUUCGCAGCAUCGGUGCUGCUGGAACUGUUUUGCUGAAGAAUACAAACAAUACUCUUCCUUUGAAAAACCCAAAUAACAUUGGAGUGUUCGGUAACGAUGCCCCCGAUGUUUCAACCGGCCUCAUUUUUCCGGAUAAUGGAUUUGAAAUUGGCACGGUGGUAAUCGGUGGCGGCUCUGGGAGUGGACAUAACAGUUUUAUUGUUCCGCCUUUGGACGCAAUCAAAGACCGUGCUCGGAGGACUGGCAGCACCGUACAAUAUAUCACGAAUAAUACGGCUCUCGCCGCGGGAAUAACUGGAAUCUAUCCUUGGCCUGAUAUUUGCCUUGUGUUCCUGAAGGGCUGGGCAACCGAGGGUAUGGAUCUGGUUAGCUUGGAAGCAGACUAUAACUCAACUCUAGUGGUUGAAAACGUCGCUUCUAUCUGUCCCAAGAAAACAGUCGUUAUUACUCACUCAGCGGGCCCAAACACCAUGCCAUGGGCGUCUAACCCUAACGUCGUCGCAAUUCUGGCGGCUCACUACCCUGGGGAAGAAAGUGGAAACUCAAUUGUCGAUGUACUGUACGGAGACGUGAAUCCCUCCGGCCGACUGCCUUACACUAUUGCCAAUAAUGAGACUGAUUAUGGUGUUUCGAUUCUUAAUGUUACCGGUAGCCUUGCGGAAGACUCAUCAGCAUGGAACGUUAAUUUCACGGAAGGCCAGUUUAUCGAUUAUCGUCACUUUGACGCCAAUGAAAUCGCGCCUCUCUACGAAUUUGGGUUUGGGCUUAGCUAUACCACGUUUGAGUUGGCAUCCAAUAUGUCUGUCUCAAAAGUAGCAUCUUCGUCGAUCUCUCCAUAUCCCGCUCAUGUCAACUCCAGUCUAGCUCUAGGCGGAAACCCAAAUCUGUGGAAGACUCUGGUGACCUGCUCUUCCUCAGUCAAGAACACGGGUUCUGUGAGGGGUGCUGCUGUUGUUCAGCUCUAUGUUUCUCUUCCUCAAGACAAUGUUCCGGUGGGUACACCGAUUCGUGUCUUGCGUGGAUUUGAAAAGGUUCCUCUACAGCCUGGAGAGACAAAGAGAGUUUCAUUUUCCCUGACCCGCCGGGACCUUAGUUACUGGGACAUCGUUGCUCAGGACUGGAAAAUCCCCAGUGGCGAGAUUGGAGUCAGCCUGGGAUUCAGUUCAAGGGAUUUACCAUAUAAAUCCUCCGUGAAAAUUUUGUAA